ACCUCUCCCUCCCUCCCAGCCUCUCUCUCUCUCUCUUUCUCUCUCCCUACCUACGUCCGUCCGUCUCGCGCACGCCUCGCAUCAUCCCCACCUUUCCCCUGCCUCCUCCGACCCCAAUCAGACCAAUCCGCUUCCGACCCCAACCCAUGCCCUCUUCCAUCGCCACCCACCUCCUCAAAGCCGCCGCCGCAAAGCCCCUCUUCUCCCCCCGCGCGGCCCAGAUCCCCGCGCUCCCCCGCCCGCCCGCCGCCCGCCGCCCCCCCGCGCCCGCCACCGCCGCCUGCCGCUGGUUCCGGUGGCCGUCGCCCGCGAGGGGGCUCUGCUCCUCGCCGCAUUCCGGCCCUGCCGAGGGGAUGGGAUCUGACGGCACGGGGGCCAGGAGGCGGCUGCCGCCAGCCAACGGUUUGUCCAAGGAAGGGGCGCCGCCGCAGCCCGUCCCGCCCAGGCUGCUCACGCUGCCCACCGUGCUCACCAUUGGCCGCGUCGCCGCCGUCCCGUUCCUCAUAAGCACUUUCUACAUGGAAGGUCCUUGGGCAGCAACUGCCACAACUGGCAUCUUCCUUGCUGCAGCAAUCACUGAUUGGCUAGAUGGUUAUAUCGCGAGAAAGAUGCAUUUGGGAACACCUUUUGGUGCAUUUCUUGAUCCUGUGGCCGACAAGCUUAUGGUAGCUGCAACACUAGUGUUGCUGUGCACCAAACCUUUGGAAACUUCACUGCUCACGAAUGGACCAUGGCUUCUGACAGUUCCUUCCAUUGCCAUCAUUGGGAGAGAGAUCACAAUGUCAGCUGUUAGAGAGUGGGCUGCGUCUCAGAAUACCCAAGUUCUUGAGGCUGUGGCAGUAAACAAUUUAGGGAAGUGGAAGACAGCGACACAGAUGACAGCAUUGACUCUGCUCCUUGCCAGCAGAGACCCGAGUCUACAUGUACAAGGUGCUCUAGUCCCCCCUGGUGUCGCGUUGCUCUAUGCAUCUGCUGGACUUGCCAUAUGGUCCCUAGUGGUGUACAUCAGAAAUAUAUGGCGGAUACUUCUAAAAUAGUGUUAGCACAUAGUGUAAUAGAAGAAACAGGAGCAAAGGCGACGGUAUUCCAUUCAAGAUGCUGCAAUUUUUUGGAAGAUUGUUGAGUUGAUUGAUGGGGCCUAGAUCUUGUUGAGAUCCUCGUGUGACCCGUGCCAUUGGUGCUUGGCGGAUUAGCCGCCAAAGCUUGUUGAUCAUGCGAGGAUCUCUUUAGAAGCAAAAUAUAUAGCUCGUAGCCUGUGAUGCCAAGGUGAUCUACUUUCACGGAAGGUAGCCACAGCUUCUGAGUGUUGGACACCGUGUGUAAUGAGCUGCAAGACUGGAGACGAUGCAGACGAUUGUAACCGUAUACAAGCACAGACCAGGCGGCUGGCCUGUGCGUGUGGAGUUCCUGCCACUGUAAUUUUACCCAUAUCAUAUUGCCAGGGAGCACAAAAUUAUUCUUUCAAUGUGUUUCA